AUGAAAGCAAAGCUGCCUGAAAACAUAAAAUCAACACUUAGUGGUAAAGUGAAAAACCAAGAGAUGGAAAUGAGAAAUACUAAACCAGCAGACCUGAGAAUACUCAAGCCAGAAAUAGCAUAUACUGUAAUCUUAGAGAGGCUAAUGGAGAAGGAUGAAGAAGAUGAUGAAUUGGUGGAAUUGAAAGCUCAGAAUGAUGCUGAGAUAGAAACUCAAGAAAAGAAGCAGGAUGUGAAGGAAGCUCCUCCCAGAGAAUUGACAGAGGAAGAAAAGCAGCAGAUUCUACACUCGGAAGAAUUCCUUAUAUUUUUUGACCGGACAAUACGUGUGAUCGAGCGAGCUCUAGCUGAAGAUUCAGACAUUUUCUUUGACUACAGUGGCCGGGAUGUAGAGGAAAAAGAUGGUGAUGUCCAAGCUGGAGCCAACCUUUCCUUCAGCCGACAGUUCUAUGACGAGCAUUGGUCUAAACAUCGGGUUGUCACUUGUAUGGAUUGGUCUCUUCAGUACCCUGAGUUGAUGGUUGCUUCAUAUAACAACAAUGAAGAUGCCCCACAUGAACCUGAUGGGGUGGCCUUGGUUUGGAACAUGAAAUUCAAGAAAACAACUCCUGAGUAUGUUUUUCAUUGCCAGUCCUCUGUGAUGUCUGUCUGUUUUGCCCGCUUUCAUCCAAACCUUGUUGUUGGAGGAACCUAUUCUGGCCAAAUUGUGUUGUGGGAUAAUCGCAGUCACAGAAGGACACCAGUUCAGCGUACACCCCUUUCUGCUGCUGCGCACACGCAUCCAGUCUACUGUGUAAAUGUCGUUGGAACACAGAAUGCUCACAAUCUCAUUACCGUUUCUACAGACGGCAAAAUGUGUUCUUGGAGUUUGGAUAUGCUUUCAACUCCGCAGGAGAGUAUGGAGCUAGUAUAUAAUAAAUCCAAGCCAGUGGCAGUUACUGGAAUGGCUUUCCCAACUGGAGAUGUUAAUAACUUUGUAGUUGGAAGUGAAGAGGGCACCGUCUACACAGCUUGUCGUCAUGGAAGUAAAGCAGGUAUUGGAGAAGUUUUUGAAGGUCACCAGGGCCCAGUGACAGGAAUCAAUUGCCACAUGGCAGUGGGUCCAAUUGAUUUCUCUCAUCUAUUUGUCACAUCAUCGUUUGAUUGGACUGUCAAGUUGUGGACCACAAAGCACAACAAGCCGCUCUACUCCUUUGAAGACAAUGCCGACUAUGUCUACGACGUCAUGUGGUCCCCCGUGCAUCCCGCGCUCUUCGCCUGCGUCGACGGGAUGGGCCGAUUGGAUCUCUGGAACCUGAAUAAUGACACCGAGGUUCCAACAGCUAGUGUGACCAUUGAAGGAGCUUCUGCCCUCAACCGUGUCCGUUGGGGCCAAGCUGGGAAAGAAGUAGCAGUUGGGGACUCUGAAGGAAGGAUCUGGAUCUAUGAUGUUGGAGAGCUUGCUGUACCGCACAGUGAUGAAUGGUCUCGAUUUGCACGCACUUUGGUAGAGAUCCGGGCCAACAGAGCUGACAGUGAAGAAGAAGGCACCAUGGAAAUAUCUGCUUAGAAGAAAGCAUAACCCUUCCCUCCUAGCUGUUGAUGACAUCUCCAUUGAGCAUCAGGCCAGUGCACUGUUGCUAGCGGUGUUCCUGCCAGCAUUACUCAUCCGUUCAGCUUCUUUCCUACUAAUCAUGCUGUGCUUAGUAGCCUGGAAGUGUUCAGAAUAGUUUCCUGUCUCACAUUUCUUCUAGCAAAGUUAUGAAUAAGAAAAAAUGAAAUGCAAGUGAGUUACACUGCUACCUGGUUGACUACUUUAGUAACUGCAGUAAGCAGCUAGAAAACCCCUGGAUAAACUUGGGCUCACAACCUUUUCUUGGCACAGUCCUGGUAAAUCCAUAUGAAGUCAGAUAUGAUGGGUUGCAGAUGUGAUGUGCUUUGUGACCUAGGACUGGGCCAAAGAAUUUAGAUGUGGUGUUUCAUAUGGUGACUUAUAUUAUGAAUGGAUGUACUGUAUGAAUAUUGCUAUUCCUUAUCUAUUGCAGUCUGCUGCAUGGAACGUAUUUAUUUAAAAGCAGUAAAGCAUGUGCAUAACGAACCAACAUUCAUUGUCUUCCCAUGCAUGUUGGAGUCAUGUUGAAUUCCAAAUAACAAUUACAGGAUGUCACUUUGUAAAAAAAAAUGGUAUCUGUAAUGGGUUGAAUAAAUCAAACUUUAAAAAUACCUAUUAUUUCCUGGCAGUUUAAUAUUACAUGUUGGUCACCGACACUUGUUACAGACCAGUAGUAACAGUCUGAAUUGGGGUGCAGUUAUAGAAGGUUACUACUAAGUCAGUGUUGAAAGGUGUGCUGUAGCCAUGUCAGUUACUGUUUUUGUAUUAAACUUAUCUCUAAUAGUAAAUAAGAGAAUUUGAAUAAAGAGG